GCAUCCGCGGACGAAGAGGAGAACCGUGAUUUCCUCGACGAGUCUUCUUCGUGAAGCUCCCAUUUCUGCCGGCGGCGCCCCCUGCUGGUCAGGCUGUGGUAUGAGCCUCUGUGGCAGGAAGGCGCUGACGUUGCUGAGCAGCGUAUUCGCUGUUUGCGCCCUGGGCCUGCUGGGCAUCGCCGUGAGCACCGACUACUGGCUCUACCUGGAGGAGGGCAUCAUCCUUCCCUUCAACCAGAGCACCGAGGUACGCAUGUCCCUCCACUCUGGCCUCUGGAGGGUUUGCUUCUUGGCUGGGGAGGAGAAAGGCCGGUGUUUUACCAUCGAGUAUAUGAUGCCCACCAACCUCCAGCUGACCUCUGAGUCCACUGUCAGUGUCCUGAAGAUGAUCCGUUCGGCCACACCCUUCCCUCUGGUCAGCCUCUUCUUCAUGUUCAUUGGCUUUGUGCUCAGUAACAUCGGACACAUCCGACCCCAUCGCACCAUCCUGGCCUUUGUUUCUGGGAUUUUCUUCAUCCUGUCAGGUCUCUCUCUGGUGGUCGGUCUGGUGUUGUACAUCUCCAACAUUAAUGACGAAAUGUUGAACAGAACCAAAACUAAUGAGGCCUACUUCAGCUACAUGUACGGCUGGUCAUUUGCCUUUUCUGCCAUCUCCUUCCUGCUCACUGAGGCUGCCGGUGUCAUGUCGGUGUACCUGUUCAUGAAGCGCUACACGGCAGAGGAGCGGUACCGGCCCCAUCAGGGCUUCUACCAGCCGCGCCUCAGCAACUGCUCCAAUUACUCCGGCCAGUACCUCCACCCGGACGCCUGGGCCGGACGGGGUCGCAGUGCAUCCGCCAUCUCCUCCGAGGCCUCCCUCCAGAUGAACUCCUGCAACUACCCGGCUCUCCUCAAGUGUCCAGAGUACGAGCGAAUGUCCUCGUCCCCGUGCUGAGGCACAGUGUGUUUGAGUGGUUGUGUUAGCACCGUAGGGGUCAUUGUCAUCUAUCUGGAUUUUGGAGUAAAAUUAUCAGAUAAAUUGAUAUUAUCCAGCUUGAAUCGCUCCCUGACUGUGACCUGAUUCUCUCGACCCUCCAUACUGCCGGGUUGGUUUUUUUUAUCAUCAGUUUGAAGACAAACUUAAGUUGAGGUUUAGCCAGUUCACUUUAUUCUCAGCUCAGUCAGGGGAGAGAGGAAAGGGUUUAAGCAGGUUGUACUCUUUGUCUAGUGUGUAGUGAUAGGUGACUACCGACCUGUGGAAAGGGCAAGAGUGGCAUGAAGUUAUUUGAAAGGAGUAACUUGACCAGCUUUAACUUGGAGUGAGCAAGUCUAAUAUUUUCUUUUAAUAUUUUUGACAGGCGUACACGUCACAAAACUGCAGAAAAGGAGCGUUUAGAGCUGGAAAGCAAUGGAUGCUGAGUCUGCACAUUUUCAAAAUCAAACAAUACAGCGUGUGUUUUUAGCGAGAGAGCGGAAACUGAUCCGGGAAUUCACCUAGGCGAUGGGACAAUACGCCCAGAAUAAUAUAUUAUAGAGGUUCACCAAACAUCAAUUAGACCAUAUGAUCACUGCACACUGUGCAGACUUUUGUUUUUGUUUCAGGUUAAAAUUAAAUUGUUGACGCUUUUCUUUUUUUUACUACAAAUUGUACAUGUGCACCAGUUGUUAGUGUGCACUAGUUACACUCACAUCUGUGUUGUCACUCCUUAGCUUGUGCAGGAAACGGCUUUUUUCAUAUUAAACUGUGUUCUCAGACACAUCACAGCUGUUUCAGACUCCUCAAGUAGAGCCAGAGCUUAUGAAAUACAAGAUGAAUGUGACUUCCAAUCAUUCAAGCAGAUUAUCUCAACAAAACAACAGUUUUACUUUUACGGGCUGGGUAAUUGUGUGAUUUUAAAACAAUGUGCGUAUCUCACUUACUUUCAGUUACCAGCGAGACAUAUUUCAGGUGCUUUGCAUCGGAGCCAUGAAGUGGGAUGUUCCACAGGUUUUGUCUGAAACUCUUGAAGCUGUAACGGAAGUUUUCUUUUGCAUUUACAUACAUUAUACGUGGUUGAAAUACUACAUGUGAAAUUCUUCAUUUGAAAGCUAGUUUUCAUUCGUCCCUUUUAGCAGUUUACAGUAAGUAGUGACACCAAAGGAAAAAGGUUUUUAUUAUAGGCUGCUAGUCUAGGCAUAUGAGAAUCAUUCAUUUUAAAAGCCUAAAUGUGAAUAUGUUAAGGGAUAUAUAUAAACUUGUGUAUUAUUGUAUAUUCUUGUAAAGGAAACUGCCAAAACAUAUUUAAGAAAUGCUUUGUUUGAACUCAUAACCCAUUAUUAAAAACAAUACAAGACUGCUUUACAUCUGUAAUUCAAACCAUACAGAUAUAACUACACCGUAUCAGAUAACCUAUAAUUCCUUUAUACAGUCUAAGUUAAUAAAUUGAAGACAAAAAGCAUAUUUAACCAAAAUGGGGCAGUGCUGUUUGUGUUGAUCAGAUUGGUGUUAUUUAUUAUAUGUUUAAAUAACAGGAGGCAAAGUGAGAGACAAUGGAAUUGUGUGGUGAUGGUUUUGAUGAAAAUGUGAAUGAGGUCAGGUGGUUUUAAAGACUUUUGAUAUUUAGUCAAAAAUGUGCUGUAUGAAACGCUGCUUUUUUUUGCAUAAAUGACCUCUCCUACAGAGAUUAAUAACCCACAUUAUAGAUGCAUAUUUUUCUAAUUUACCCCCAUGUAACUAUACUGCAAUCUGUAGUGUGCCAAGGAAGAAGUUGUAUCCAGGUUAAGUAGCUUCACGUCAAAUUUUGAAUAUAUACAUUUCAUGCAGCAUUACGUGAGUGAGUAGAUAAAAUAUGAAGCAUUUUGUCUUGUACAAUAUUUUUAUGUUGGUUUGAUAUAUUACUAAAAGUAUAAUUGUCAGUAUAUAAUGUUGCAUGGUGUGAACUCCACAUAGUAUUAAUGGAAUGCAACAUUUCAUCACUGGAUCAUGGUAUUCCACCUGCAGCACAUUAAACAACUGAACUAAUAAAGACACACUGUACCAAACUACGCUCACUCUGUUUUGGUACAUAGACCACUUUGUUUAUUUUAAAAGUAAAUAUAAAAUCACCAGUGUGUAUAUAUAUAGAUGCAGUCUUUUAUAGACAGAAGUACAUGUAAGUUAUGUUUAGUUUUUUUGUUUGGUAGAUUAACUGCUGCUUUAGCUCCUGUAUCACAUUGAGAAGGUGAACUUUAGCAUAAUGUUAUACAUUCUUAAAUGUAAAGUAUUCAGACGGUGUCAUUGUCAAACAGGAAAUGUACAUUUAUUUGUAUUUUUUUGCAAUCAGUCAUUUUUAUGAUGUUAAAUGUGCAAUGGAAUACAUAUACUUAAUGAAAUAAAGUCGAAUGGGAUUUGAUAAACAAU